UGCGGUUUCGUGGCUGGCAUGGCCUUCACUUUUGUACACGAGCACUUCUGAUAACUCAGGUGAACGUCGUGGCCUUCUCUUUUGUUCCGGAGCGGGUUGUGGCGUGGAGGUGCUUCACAAUGGACCGAGAGGCACAGUUUUGUCCUGUCUUGGUGUUUCACCUUUGAAGAAGAAGAAGAGACGUUUCGUUCACAGGCUGCAGAACCCCGCAGCUGUUGGCUAUACUCGUUGUUUGGUUUAUGUCAAUGAGACACUGAUUUCAGAAGUAUUGGGGUUUUGUUUCCGCUGUUGUACAUCUAUGGAAGUCUGCCGUCUCGAAGAAUUCAAGCUGUUUUCUUCCCAUCUUGAUGAAGGAACAAGGGAAUUUCUGGGCUUUGGAAUAGGGUGGCUGUUGCGGCAGGAAUUGGUUUGUUCGAGAGCAGGGAUGUCUUAAAGCUUUUUUUGGAGCUCACAGGCCAACCGCCGGAAGAGACGAGUGCAGAUUUUGUUUUUGGUAGAUGCCGGAAACCCGAACUCAGGGUGGAAGGGAAGGUGCAGCCUUGCAAAAGAGGGAAUUCUACACGGUGGAACUGAAUUGUUCUCUCUGCGCGUUAAAGAGUGGCAAUGUAAAUAAAAUCCAACAGAAUCACAUAGAGAAUCGUACAUGUUAGUGCGGUUAGGCCUUGCGGUGACAUGCUCUGUAGCGGCUGUCACUUACCGAAGGCAGCUCAGGAAUAAGAGAGGGCAGUUAGCCACUGAAGAUCAUGGAGACAAGCGCGAGGAGGGUCAGAAUGAGAAUCUGGGCGUGGAAUCUCGCUCAAAGCAACAGAAAACGCCGCAGACGGAAGAGGUGAAACGAGUAACUCCAAGUUCUCCAGCGAGAAGUCUUAUCGGAAGUGAGUACGGCGAUAAAGACUUGUUACUUCCUGAAUUCGACGAUAUCUUGUAUGAGGCAGAGCUGGGAAUUUUAAGCCCUCGCUCCGCAAGGAGUGUGGGGAAGGACUCGUAUGGUGCAGAUGGCUUCACUGAUGCAGAUUUGGAUUCUUUCAAGGCCGUCCCAGGUGAGGAUGGCAAAGACGAUGUUCGCUUUAAGACUACAAAGAAUAGAGGAGGGAGAGUGGGUAGCAGACGAUCUCCGAGUCCUGGAAGAAGAAGAGAUUCAUUCAAUGAUGAUGGAGACGAUCAGAAAUCGCAGGUGUCGGAUUCCUCAGACUAUCUACGAGAUGAGUAUGUUGACAGCCUUGCAAAUGACUCUGCUACAGCGGAGCUUCGGGCUCUCAGGGAGACUGUGAAGGUGCUCAAGAACAAAGAAGCGAGGAUGGAGGCAGAGCUUCUUGAAUACUAUGACCUUGAGGAUCAAGAAGCUGAACUUGUGAAGUUAGAGGAAGAGAUGGAAGAGAAGAACGCUCGUCUAAUGGAUAUGGAGGAGAGGUUAGAAAGACGAAACCUUGAGCUAGAGAAAUUACGGAGCCGAUUGGAAAUGGUAGAAGAAGAGAAAAACUCUCAAAUUGCUAAGUUAAAAGAAAGAAUUGGGAUUCUGGAGGCUAGAUCAACGAAGCUGGCCGAUGAAGCCGCGAGCGUGACUGGUCUACGGAAGGAUCUCGAGGAGGCGCGUGCACGAAACAGGGAGAUACAGAAACAAUUGAAUACGAGAGUUGGAGAUGAUAAGGCGGAGCUCUUAAAGUUGAAGCAAAAACUGGCCACAUUAGAAACAGAUAAAGAAGACGGCAGUAAACGGGACUUGGAAACUGAGAAAAAGUUGCAAGCUCUGCGAGAGAUGGAAGUUGAAAUCGUAGAACUAAGGCGCACGAACAAAGAUUUACAAUACCAGAAACGGGAGCUUACUGUAAAAUUGGACGCAGCAGAAAUGGACAUCGAAUACCUGCAGAAUAGAACAGAGGAGGAUAUUCUGGCUGAGGCUGAUGAAGAACUUGCAGCCUUGCGACAUGCUAAUGAAGAUUUAGCUCGACAGGUUGAGGGCUUACAAAACGAUCGAUUUACCGAAGUGGAAGAGCUCGUAUAUCUGCGGUGGGUUAAUGCAUGCCUUCGAUACGAGUUGCGCAAUUAUCAGGCACCUGAGGGUCAAGUCAGCGCUAUGGAUUUGAACAAGAAUCUGAGCCCGAGGUCACAGGAGAAGGCAAAGCAACUGAUGCUGCAGUACGCUGCCCCUGACCUGCAUGCCUUGCGCUCUAAAGACCAGAUGGAGAGCGGCUACGAGAGCACCUCUUCUGAAACUUCGAGCCCCUCCGAAGAUUAUAGCGACAUUUCAUCAGAAGUUGGGUCGGUGUCUGGUCACUUGUCUAAGAAGAACAGUCUGAUCAAGCGACUGAAGAGUUGGACAGGAAGGAAAGAUGACGGGAUAGGUAACGAGAGAAGCCCUAGCUCAAGAAGUGAUCCUGGCUCACAGCGUCGCAGGAAGAAGACAUCAAAGGGACCCUUGGAGGCUUUAAUAAUCAGAAAUCAGAGCGACUCGAUUCAAAUCACAACAUACGGGGCCAACAAAGACGAUGCGGAAUCUCAUGGGACGGCUUCUCCCACGAGAUCUCUAUCAAACCUAUCAUCACCUAGCGGUUCAGGGGCCAACUCUAAUCCUCCUGCCAUGUCCAGCCUGGCGCCAAUCAAGACGUCACAAUCAGCAACUACUAAGGAUGGUUUCAAUGGCAUAGCUGCAUCCUUCCAGGUCAUUGAGAAAUCUGUCCCAGCUGAGAUUUCUGCGAAAUACCCAGCUUUCAAGGACAGGCACAAAGCAGCCAUAGAGAGGGAACAAGCCAUCAAGGAGAAGGCGCAAGCUGAAAGAGAAAAAAUGCAGGCAGAACGAGAGAAAGCUCAAGUAGAAAGAGGUGAAAUGCCAAAGGUGCCGAGGGUGAAAUGGUCAGAAAAGAUGCAACAGGUAGGCAUUCAGCAGGAGCAGUUAUUCGGUCUCGAGACCAUGCCGGCACUGAAGAGCGGAGAAGUUAUUACCAAACCUAUCACUGUAGCUGAGGUCGAGAAGAGGGAAUUGAGAAAGCCACGACCCCCUCCCAAGCCCUCUCGGCCACAGCCCAGUGUGCCAGCUGCUCCACAAUCUGCAGGAGUUUCAGGUGGUGGAGUGCCGCCACCUCCUCCUCCCCCGCCACCCCCUCGCGGCGGACCCGGCGCGCCACCUCCUCCUCCUCCUCCUCCACCCAUGGGAGGGUUAUCAAAGAUGGGCAAAAAAACUGACGAUGUGCAUAGAGCUCCAGAGGUAGUGGAGUUCUACCAGUCCCUCAUGAAGCGUGACGCUAAAAGCGCUGUAGUCAACACUGCUGGUGGAAAUAAUCCAGAGGCUCGCAACAACAUGAUCGGCGAGAUCGAAAAUCGAUCGACCCAUCUGCUAGCUAUCAAGGCUGACGUGGAGACCCAAGGAGAAUUUGUCAUGUCACUAGCAGCUGAAGUGAGAGCUGCUGUGUAUGGUGACAUUAAAGAUGUUGUGGAGUUUGUGAAUUGGCUAGAUGAAGAGCUCUCCUUUUUGGUCGAUGAAAGAGCGGUGUUGAAGCACUUUGAUUGGCCAGAAGGCAAGGCUGAUGCAAUGCGUGAAGCUGCAUUCGAGUAUCAGGAUCUGACGAAGCUGCUGGGCGAGGUAUCUAAAUUCGAAGACAAGUCCGAGAUGCCGUGCGAUAAGGCCUUGAAGAAAAUGCUUACUCUAUUGGAGAAAACGGAGCAGAGUGUGUAUGGGCUGCUAAGAACAAGGGACAUGGCUAUGGCUCGCUACAAGGAAUUCAAUAUUCCAGUCCAAUGGAUGCUUGAUUCAGGCAUCGUUGGAAAGAUCAAGCUGGCGUCAGUGAAACUGGCUCGUUUGUACAUGAAACGAGUUUCCACGGAGCUCGAGCAAGUAGGGUCUCUCAAUGAGCCUGUACGCGAGUUCCUCUUGCUACAGGGCGUUCGGUUUGCGUUCCGAGUACAUCAGUUUGCUGGAGGUUUCGACCCUGAGAGUAUGCAAGCAUUUGAAUCAUUACGAGCGUGCGCGAACCGGCCUAGUAACCCUCCUGACCAACACAUUGAAGAAGAAGGCGAGCAGCAAGAGGAGCCAGAAGAGCAAUAAUCCCAGCUAAUUUAGAACCUACUUCAUCACUGCCACUAAGGAUGCAUGUUCGGAUUUGAAACCGAUCGUCAGUAGUUUACUGUCCGCUGAUGAUCUUAUCAUGCUGUUACUAGUUUGGAUUUGCAUGUAUUAAAUCACUUUCAUGCGAUUAACCCCUGUGUGUGUACUUUAUUUUUAACUUCUCAACAACAUGUGGCUUUGAAGGAUGUUCACUUUCAGCACAAUUUAAGUUUUUGGGUUUCUGCCG